AUGGAUGAUAGCAAUCACGAGUUGGUGAACAUGUUAACUAACCAAAUGGGAACUGUUUUUAAUCCUAUAGUGCAGGAAUCAGCGGAGUCGAACAGACAGGUAGUCGAUCAACUCACUCGACUGUGCAACUUCCUAGGGGCACCUCAGACGCCUGGUCGACAACCCCCUCAAGCCCAUAGGCAGGUUGUUGUGCAUACACCUGCAGGAGAAGAUCAAAUAGAUGAUGAAAUAGCACAACAAAAUCAAAUUCCCAGACUACGACCAAAUCAAGGUGGGAUACGAGGGAGACACCAGCAAGUCUUGAUGGUGGGUCGACAACAAGACGCUGAUCAGUUUGUCGAACAAUAUCAGCAUGAAGAAGCGGCCAUAGAAAAUAAUCUAACUACGAUUAUCGAAAGGAUUAUGGCCAGAAAUGAACUGAAUACCCCACUACAAAGGCCAACAUACUAUUCCCCGAUGGCUGAAUACAUCGUGCAGACAGAAAACCCUAGAGGUUGGAAAAUACCCAAGUAUACCAAGUUCGGAGGAGAAACAGGAGAAUCGACAGUCGAGCACAUCGCCAGAUAUCUGACUGAAUCAGGAGACAUGGCGAACAACAAAAGUCUCAGAGUGAAACAUUUUCCAUCAUCUCUCACUAAGGCGGCGUUUACAUGGUUCACUACGUUACCUCCAAAUUCUGUCGACUCAUGGCCAAAAUUAGAAAAACUCUUCCACGAGCAAUUUUAUGAGGGACAUUCAAAAAUUAGUCUGGUCGAAUUUUCGAACAUCAAAAGGAGGGUUGCCGAGACCAUUGACGACUACCUAAAUAGGUUUCGUUCACUUAAGGCAAAAUGUCUCACGCAGGUACUUGAACAUGAACUAGUUCAGACGGCUGCAGGAGGUUUAGACUAUUCCAUUAGGAAGAAAAUAGACCCAACUUUUGUCAAAAGUAUGUCGCAGUUAGCUGAUAGGGUUCGACACCUCGAACGCCGGCGAUUAGAAAAAGUCAGACAUACUAAGGCCAAGGCUAAGAAAGAGAAAGUAGCAUAUGUCGAUUACGAUGACACAGACCCUAUAUAUGAAGCUGAUUACAUCUCACCAACAGAGGCAGAGAUUGAUCUAGCCGAAAUGAAACUAGGGCCAGCGUACGAAUGUAAAUCGCUGUUUCCGUCGAAAGGAAAGAAUGUCUCUUUUGAUAACAAUUCGAAAUUUCCUGUGAAAACUUAUACUUUUGAUAUUAGUAAAUGCGAGGAAAUUUUCGAUGUCUUAGUUAAAGAUGGUCAAAUUUUAGUACCCCCAAAUGCUAAAUUUCCACCAUUAGAACAAUGA